GUAAGUAAUUUUAUAAAAAAGAGAGUAGUAUGUUAUUUUGUGAGCGUACGGCCCAUUCAAAAUAUUUAUAUUGCGAGUAUUACUUUUUUUUAACCCCUUUUUUCAUCUUCUUCUCACACUCCAAACUCUCAUUUUCCCUACAGAUUUGGGCAUUUGGCCGACUAUCACAACUAGCUUUCUCUAUCCCUCUCCUUUCUACAUACGAGCAGAUUCGAAUAAUCGUUUUCUCGCCGUCUUUGAAAUCGUCCGGCAGCCGGUGAUCUCCGUCUUUCACUGUUGCAUUUUAUGAGCUAUUGCAAACGGAGGAUAGAUGCCUGUUGCAAAACUCAGCACUCUCAGUGUUCCGGAUGCAAUGAAAUCAGAGGAAGGCAACAGUUCAGUUGAUACAUUCGUUAGGCAAUCUACAGGAAAAGAUCAUCUUCUUUCAUUCUCCAGAACUGGGGAUAGCCCUGUACAGUGGUUCCAGUUGCUUCACGCCUUAGAUCAGCCCGAUAUCCCAGGAUGGCCUUUACUGACUUCGGUGAAGGUUCAAAUGCAAAAGUGUGAAAAAUGUUCCCAGGAAUUCUGUUCACCUGUUAACUAUCGAAGGCACACGCGCUUGCACCGGCGAUCAUUGAAUUUUGAUAAGGAAUCUCGUAGGUAUAGAGAUUUACUGGGAGCAUACUGGGACAAGCUUUCAUUAGAUGAGGUUAAAGAAGUUGCAUUAUUGGAUGAUAUCUCACUAAAGGAUAUUCUUGGUACUGAUACACUUAUCACAACAGUGUAUAACUCUCUCCGCAGAUCAGACAUUUGGACUCUUCCAGCAGCUUAUGCAAAAGCGGGUUCUACAUUAUUGGAAAUAGUCCAAGCAAAACCUUCCAGUCUUCCGAUCUCAUCUCAAGAUCUAUUUAGCAUUCUUGAUGAGGCUAGUGAGAGAACGUUUCUAUGUGCUGGCACAGCUGAAUCAAUGCAAAAGUACAUCUUUGAUGCGGAGACUGUAAAAGGCUCCAAAGAAUUGAAGACUUUAAUUGCAUGCACUUGCUUUCUAUUCGAGCAGAAGCUGGUGAAAGCAUGGCUUGCUGAGAAAGAAGCUGAGGCACUUAGAUGCCAAAAGCUGCUGGUGGAGGAAGAGGAUGCUGCUCAGAGAAGGCAAGCUGAGAUGUUGGAAAAGAAAAGGCAGAAAAAACUGAGACAGAAAGGACAAAAAGCAAAGGAGCAGCAGAAAUAUGAGGAAAAAGUGGAAGUUAGUGUGACUACUGCUGAUUCUUUAGACAACUAUUCACUGGAGCUAGAAGAAACUUCAAAUCCUUCGGCACCAUCCCCUUCCAAUUUGAGUAACACCGUUGAUACAUCAGCCGACGAAUCAUCCACUAUAGAAAUGAUUCACUUCUCAAAUGUAGAUACAGACAUUGAAGCACAAGAUUUCUAUAACGAACAUUUUGAUUGUAGUGUAGAUACAGUACAGUGUGUUGAACCCCUUCCCUUUCCGGCGAACACUCGAAAGCAAUUUUCCCACAGCCAUUGGUGGCAGGUACAGAAAUCUCAGAGGGUUGGACGGAAUGGAUUCUUUAGCAAUCGGGAUAAUCAUCAAACUUUGAAGCUUGAAUCUGUACAUAGUAAAUACGGAACCCCAAAAGAUUGGGGGGCCACCGUACAUAACGGUAAGAUAUGGACCAAGAAAGUCAGAGUGGAAAAUGAUAUAAACACAAGUGAAGGAGGUGAGUGUGAAGUGAUAAUUGGGUCCAUUUCAGUUCCUGUGAAAAAGGGCAUCACAAGUCACCUGGAGAAUAACAUAGUGUCAAAGAAACAUUGGAGGCCUGUGAGCAGGCAUGGAGGAAAAGGCAGACAAGAUAAAGAAGAAGAUGAGAUUCCAGCCAAAGUUGAUGACGAAACUACUAUGCCCAGUAGAAACUGUGUGCAAUCCUUUGGCACUGGCAAUUUCUGCAAAAAAAGUUCUGGUAAGGUUUUGGACGAUAAUACACACGCAGAAGGUCAGCAGUUCUCCAGUAGCGCCGUGAAAGCAUUCCUUGCACAAAGAUGGAAGGAAGCCAUUGCAGCAGAUCAUGUGACAUUAGUCCUCUCCCAUGCCCCUGAACUCACCCCAGAGCCCCCCAAUGCUCAAUUUAACAGUCCGAAAAAUGGAGCCGUAGGUCUUAAUGGGAAGUCUGCAACGAAAUCGGAAAAGGGCAUUCAAAUGAAGUACGUUCUGAAACAAAAAAACUGAUAUUUAGACAGCAGCAAAGAAUUUUUGUUUUGUUAGCUAUAGUUGCUUUGAAGUCAAGUUACAAGUCCCUCUUUUUUUUUAAAUAGUGGUCUUCUGAUAGGAACUGGCAAUAUUACGUGUUCUUUGUUGCAAUAGCCUAUUUUAAAGAGGAAUAGCUUUGUAGUUCUGCUUUUCCUUUUGCAAUUUUCCUUUUAAUAAAUUUUUGUUUUUGGU